ACAUUUGUCAUUGACCUAGCACUUGACAACGCGUAUAGCCUCAAAAAUACUCAAAAAAUAUCAAAACAAACGCAAAAACACAUAAAUAAAACAUGUGGUUCUUUUACUUAAUUACUAUUUUAUCACUAAUAGUGCAGGCUGUAUUUGCCACGUUAGCUUUAGCGGCAGGGCUCUACUACUUAGCUGAACUGGUGGAAGAGUACACAGUGAUGGCCAAAUAUGUGAUCUCAUGGACAGUUGCAGUAGUCACACUCAUCCACAUCGGCCUGCUAGUCUUUGAAGACUUGCCCCUCCACCUAGACAUCCUAGGCAUAAUCCAGCAAGCGCUACAUGCGCUCCUCCUCCGAGAGUUCCCGGCGGUGCGGGUCACCAGUGCACCGUUCAUAUUGGCAGUGGGGACGCUUAUAGCACAUCACUACUAUGCAUUGUCGUUCUUUGGGACGGUGCAUUACACAUUUUCUGAGGUGUUGGCAUACUUCACUCUCUGCCUGUGGGUGGUGCCGUUCGCGCUGUUCGUAUCUCUGUCAGCUAAUGACUAUGUGUUGCCUACUACGGGGGAAAAACAGCCAUUACUCGGUGACAACAACGUAGUGACGGACUACCUGUCUCGCACGUCCAAGAAGUACUCGCUGCUCUCAUUCUUCAGUUUCGCCAAGGACUCCAUACUGCCGCAGCGGAGCAAGAAAGCUUUUUAGAACUCCUUGCAUUGCUCAAGAUUCCACAUUUUGAACCACUCGCUACGCUCGCCGUUCAAUAUUGGAAUCUUUCGCUUUUUCGGGUAUCAAUGUAGGCACGUGCGGUGCAACAACUUUGUCUCCAUAACAACGUUGGAAUACCGUCGCGCGCGCUCAGUGAAAAUGCUCCUCGUUACGGUGCGAAACAUGCCGAGCUAUUCCCGUCAAGUUUUAUGUGAGUGACCUUUAGCACAACCUGCCUUGUUGCGC